GAUCUUGGGUUCUGCGCCACGUUGACAACACAAAUGGAACAACUCAAAUGCCACGUCAAACAGUAUGCGUGGGGAAAAUAUGGUGAGGAGAGCGAGGUGGCGAGACUAUUUGCAGACGGUCAUGAAAGUUUCCAAAUUGAUCAGAAGACACCAUAUGCUGAGCUAUGGAUGGGAACCCACCCCGAUGGACCAGCUCAGCUCAAGAAAUGCUCCACCAAACUGUCGACGUACUUGGCAAAGAACCCAUCUCCAUUGACAAACAACAAUUCGGCAAAGAACAUUCAUUUGCCAUUUAUCAUGAAGGUGAUGUCGAUCAGAACCACCUUGUCACUACAAGUUCAUCCAACCAAAGAACAAGCUCGCCGAUUGCAUGAGAAAGACCCUAUUCACUAUCCUGAUAGGAAUCACAAACCAGAGCUGGCCUACGCACUUACCCGUUUCGAACUUCUUUGCGGAUUCCGGCCAGCUAGAGAGAUUUUGCAGAACCUUCAGACCUUCCCAUCAUUCCGGUUACUUUUCGGAGGAGACACGUAUGCUAAACCACUCGAAGAUUGCAUUCAACAAAUGAAGGAUCUGAACUCAGUUGACCAGAAAUCUACAGAAUUUAAAGACUCGAGAAAAUAUUUGGAGGACUGCUUUAGAUUUAUGAUGGUUCCAGAAAGAAAUGAUGUUCAUGACCUGAUUGCAAAGCUUCUUUCCGAACUUGACAAUGGGCUUCGUGGUGCAGUUGAAGAAGUAACAGUAGGAGUGAUUCGAAAAAUGUCGGUUGAUUUUCCAAAUGAUAUUGGAAUCUUCUCCCCACUUUUCCUCAAUCACAUGAUUCUCGAACCAGGACAAUGUUGUUAUUAUGCUGCUGAAGAACUUCAUGCCUAUCUCAGUGGUGAAUGUGUUGAAUGCGUGGGAUGUUCAAACAAUACGAUUCGGGCCGCCAUGACUCCAAAAUACAUUGACAGAGAUGCUCUUUGCAGUGUUCUUAACUACAAGAUGACAGAGCAAAAAGAUUAUUUGGUGCCAGAGAACAAGUUGACUGAAUGUGUUGAUAUGUAUGCACCAGAUUGUAAAGAUUUCCAACUUCAUAGAAUACGAGUAGGAACACAUCAGACUGUUGAAGAAAUGAUGAUUCCAACUCUUGAUUGCGCAUCCAUCUUUGUAGUUGUCAGCGGAAAAGGUACACUAGAAGAGGCGACAAUUGACAAUCAGCUGAUUGGACAGUAUGAAGUUAAAAGAGGAGAUAUCUUCUAUAUUCCACCAAAGCAUAAUAUCAGAUUCUCAAGCUGCUCGGAACCAUUAGAAGGAUACAGGACGUUUAGUUACGAAAUGGGACCAGAUCAUGACACACGGCUCGUCACUCCAGUUCAAAAUGCGGUGCCUACGAUUACUGAGAAAAUGUUCAAAUUAGAUGCAGAUAUGGAAGAAGCGAUCACCGCUGUUGUUUAAUCUCUUUGUUUUGCAUUUAAUUUCAAAUAUUUUUCACUGUUUGAGCACUGAUAAUAUUCUAAAGAUAUCAUCCGUGUGCCGAAUUACGGGGUAAUACCAACACUUUUUUCAAUGGAAAGUACAGUAUCUUUUUGUAGUUUUUUUCAUUAUUUUUCUGUAUGUCACUCUGUUCUCAUUUCUAAAAUGCUUCCUUUGUUUAAAAGGCGUUUUUUCUUCAAUUUCUUCAUUCCAAUUGGCUUUUACCAUUCAUUCCUAUGCUCCUCCACCAAUCGCUCCGAUCUACAAUGCCAUGAGAGUUCGUGGCUGCCGCUUUUUGCGCCUCGAUCUACCCGAAUCUUCUAGUUUUCGACACUUUUACCUUACCUUUUUUCCCCAAUUUUCCCAUUCGUUUCACCCCAGUCUCUCUUUCUCUUUAUGAUUUUUUUUGCAAUUAUUUUCUUCAUGCUAUCAGUUGUGCAAAUUUAUCUAGUUGUUUUUAUUUUGAACAUUGCCCAGAAUAAAUUUCACAAUCAA